AACAUUUUCAGAAUUUCUUUUUUUGAGCUUUAUCUUCGAUUCCAUUUCGCGAGGAAAAAGAAAAAAAAAGGGAGGAAAGAGAGAAAAGGAAACAAAAAAAAUAGAAAAAAUGGCGGAAGAGGGAGCGGUGAUCGGAUGCCACAGCGUCGAUCAGUGGACUCAGCAACUCGAAAUCGCCAACGAGUCCAAGAAACUGGUGGUGGUCGACUUCACUGCUUCGUGGUGCCCGCCCUGCCGCAUGAUCGCCCCGGUGUUUGCCGAGUUUGCCAAGAAGUACCCUAAUGUCAUUUUCCUGAAAGUGGAUGUUGAUGAGCUGAAGAGUGUGGCACAAGAUUGGGCGAUCGAAGCAAUGCCGACCUUUGUAUUCCUGAAGGAGGGGACUAUCGUUGACAAGGUUGUCGGUGCUAAGAAGGAAGAGCUGCAGAAGAAGAUCGAGCAGCUUAUGGCUGCAUAAGUGCUAAGAUUGUUAUGGUUUAGUAAGGAUGAUAUGUUGGUAACAUCUGCUUCCAUGUAGGAUUCUGAUCUAAAAGACUUGUAUGCUCAAUAAUGGUUCUAUACUAUCAUGAUGGAUAAUCUCAAAAUUCUAAGUGUGGUGAGUGUGGUACUGUUCCUUUAAUGGAUACAUAUGGUGUUAUGCUUGAAUGAACUUGGUAUUAUGUAUUUGUUCUUCUGGUUCUGCUGUCAA